CACAUCUCUCUAUAUAUACAACACCCAUCUGCCCUUACUUUCUAACUCUUGAUUGUUCUUCAUCACCCACUGGAAAAUGGAGAGUGAAAUAGAGGAGGAGGGGUUUGAAGAUUGGAGGGGGAGAAGGGCGAUUCCUGGGAAACAUGGCGGAAUCAGAGCUGCUGCCAUUAUUUGUGUCGUGGAGAUGUUGGAGAACAUGGUGUUCAUAACAAACGCGAACACGUUGGUAUCGUAUUUCAUCAAGACGAUGCAUUACUCGGCGGCCAAAUCAGCGACAAUGAUGACUAAUUUCUUGGGCACUUCCUUCCUGCUCUCCCUCUUUGGCGGCUUCAUCGCCGACUCCUUCCUCACAAGAUUCGCCUCUUUCAUCAUCUUCUGCCUCAUUGAGAUCAUGGGUCUGAUUCUGUUGACAAUCCAAGCCCAAGUCACCAAACUCCAACCCCCACCUUCCGAAACACCUUCACCUCGCCAGGAGGCUGUUUUAUUCGUCGGGCUCUACGCGUUGGGUCUCGGGAUAAGCGGAGUAAAACCCGCUCUCCCGGCUCACGGAGGCGACCAGCUUGACAGCAGAAACAAGAGCCUGAUCUCUGCAUUCUUCAACUGGUACUUCUUCUCCAUCUGCAUUGGAGGUCUUGUGGCUGUAUCCGUUAUGGUGUGGAUUGAAGAGAAUGUGGGGAUUAGUUGGAGCUUCAAGAUCUCGGUUGUGGUUCUCGCUUUGGCCCUCUCCGUUUUCGUUGGAGGGUUCCCCUUCUAUAGGUACAAACGCCCCGGCGGGAGCCCGUUGAUGAGAAUCCUCAAAGUGAUUGUUUCGGCCUCAAGAAACCGAAAAGGGUCUCUCCUAGAUGCAGGGCUGAAACAGAAUCUGAAUCCUGAAAACAAGAGCAUUCAUCACAACAAGUUCAAGUGUCUGGACAAAGCUUUGCUCGACGACGAGAUCUCUGCAACAGAAGUCGAAGAAACGAGAACGUUCCUGUCUCUCCUACCGAUCUUCGCCAGCACGAUCAUGAUGAACUGCUGCUUGGCGCAGAUCUUGACGUUCUCCGUACAGCAAGGCGCAGUCAUGAACAGAAAGCUGUCUCCUUCGUUCGAAAUCCCCGUCCCUUCGCUCACCGUCAUCCCGGUCGUGUUCUCACUCUUUUCGAUACCCUUGUACGAGUUCUUCCACCGGAGAAUCUCCGGCCAAAACCCAGCGAUGGACCUCUUCCAGCCAUUGAAACGCAUCGGCCUCGGCCUCUUCCUCGCCUCCAUUUCCAUGGCGGUCGCAGCUUUCGUAGAGGCCAAGCGGCGGUUCGAAGCGGUUAACCACAACGUCAGCAUCUCCGUCUUCUACCUGGCGGUUCAGUAUCUUCUGCUGGGUGUCUCCGACAUGUGCACGCUCGGAGGCAUGCUCGAGUUUUUCUACAGAGAAGCCCCUGAGAGGAUGAGGAGCAUUAGCAGCUCGCUGUCUUGGUGCUCCAAUGCGAUGGGUUUCUUCUUGAGCACCAUACUGGUCGAGCUCACCAAUUCCAUCACCGGCGCGUGGUUUGACGGCGGCGCGUGGCUCGGAGGGAGGGAUCUGAACAAGGCGAGGUUGGAUUUGUUCUAUGCGGUGCUUAGUGUUCUUAAUACUCUUAACCUGUUUAAUUACAUUUACUGGGCCAAGAGAUACUGAUCAUGAUCAUGAUGUGAUGAUGAUGAUGAUCAUGAUCAUGAUGAAGCGUGAUGAAAGUGUGGUCCAAAUGCUUUGGUGUUCUUAAUUU